GAGGCAUCAGCUGUGUCAUCAUCCAGUUUAUCAUCUAGUGUGUGUCUCCCUGUGUGUCGUCCAUUGUGUGUUCUCCAGUGUUUUAUUCAUUGUGUCAUCAAAUCGCCCAAAGUGUCCUCACAUUACUUUACUACUCUUGUGGUAGAAACUCGGACGAUGGUUGAGGCGUCAAGGGCGUCCAGAUCUGUCUAAAAUGGGAUGCAAACAGACCAAGGUUAAGCCUUUCAAGCAGACAUCUCCCGAGGAGGCUCUGACGGGCAAGAUCAACUGUCCUCACGAGCUGUACUACGUGACACCGUCAAAAUCCCGACUGUCACGGACGAAGAUUCUUCAACAGUUACGAGACGAGGGUUUGGUCCCCGACCGUCAGUCAAGCGGAGGAGUUGCCUUCUCUGUCCCCGCAGUGGAGGGGGUUGUUCCCCGUGGCAGAGCUCCCCGACGCCUAUGGCGAAUUCCAUUACGAGGUCAUUACACGUCCGAAGAGAAGCAAAUCAUAGCGGAUGUUUUCAGAUAUGAUAAGUUGGUGGAGCAAGUCCAGAGGAAACAACUGGACAAAGAAAUAAAGCACAAAGCUGUCAAGGACGAGAAGAAGCGUCGCCUUUUCAUCAAGAAAAUGAAGGCAGAGUAUCAGCUUCAGGUGAGGGAGGAGAAACUGAAGAGGCUGGAGGAAGAGCGGGCGGUGGUGAAGAAGCCAGCCAAGAAGUAG